AAUUGUUUUUACAAGAAGUGGGUUUUUUUUUCCACUUUUGGAGAAACAGACUGAGGGAAUGGGUUCUUGUUAGCUCAAAUCUUCCAUAAAAUGGAUUUUUUUUGUGUGUGUUUCGGACACCCUUUUCUUGGUUUGUGCUACCUGCUCAGCUUACUUUAUUUAUUACUGUAAUUUUUAUCCAUUUUUGGUGAAACAGAUUAAGGAAAUAUAUAGUUAUUUGCUCAUAACUUGCAUAAUAUGGAAAAUCUUUUUGGGUUUCAGACACCCUUUUUCUUUCUUUUUUUUCUGGGUUUAGAAUUAAACUGAUGUGAAAGAAACAAAAUUGACCCAAUUAGUUUGUAGUUUUGAAGUCUCUUCGAUUGAUGUUUGGGAGUCUUUUGUUUGCUGUUAGUUUCUUAAGAGAUGGGAGGUAAAGUUUGCAGCAUUUACGAUGCUGACUUCCUAAACGAUGAGCUUCACUAGCAUUUUCUUGGAAAAGAAUUCAUCCGUUAGUUUAAGUAUGGAAAAGUCUGUCUUCUUCUUUUGGUGUGGAUUCCAAUGAAACCCUAAGAUGGGGGACCAGAACUUUCCAAACAAGUACCAACUACCCCUCUCUCUACUCUUAAGAAAAAAAUGUGUUUUUAUUUUUCUUUUCAUAGAUAUAUUAGCUGAAGAGAUAAUGGAAAAAAAAACAUACAAAUUAUGGAGUAUUUCAUAUCUGUAAAAAGGGUGUCAGUAAAUCUGUCACAAUCAAGAAAACAGAAUAAUUAAACUUGCAUAAUUAUUAGACUGAGUCGUCGGCAAGCAUUUGUUUGUGCCAUUUGUUUGUGGGGUUGAUGAACCAUUUAAUGUUUGGUUAUUUAUUUGGUUUCAUUGAUUAGGUGAUGAAACAAGUAGCUGAAAAUGAUGUUGUGGAGUUAACAGAUGGGAGAAACAUUUGUGGACUUGGACUGGAAGGGAUUGAGCUCUGUUUCUGUAUUUGAAUAGUUAUCCUUGUCUACUUAUAGUUUUCUCACCGUCUUAAUCAGCUUCGUACUAGUUACUGGAAUCAUACAGCUCUGUCAAAGAGAUUCAAGUCUUAAUUACUGUUUUGCAUUCCAUGAGUCUGGAAAUUUGGUAAAGCCAUCUCAUAGUUUCUUUCCCAAGAUGGAGUGGAAUGUUAAGUGGGACUGGGGAAAUCUCGUAAUGUUUGGUUCAAAGGCCUCUGAAAGUCCAAAAGAACUACAAUUAACAGAUUGGGGAGUUGAAGAAGAGGGAGAACUUGAUGGGGGAUCUUUCAAUUUGUCAAGUGGCGGUAGUGGCACGGGUGGUUAUGGUUCUGAUGUGAAGUGUGGUUCUUCCAUCAAAAGCUCAAUAUCAGCUUCUACCGACUCUUCACCAAAGGAGGGCUUUAAAGCAUCCAACUUUGCUUUUGAGGCAUUUAAUACCUCUCCUGAGGAUCCUAGUAAGAAAUUGGAAUCCUCCAAAGCUGAGGUCUCUAGAAACUCACCACCCAUGGAGGCUUCAGUAGGCUCUGUUGAACCAGUGAUAGGUCUAAAACUUGGUAAGCGGACAUGUGAAACCUUUGGUGGUGGAAGCAGUGCUAAGGUUUCAUCCUUCCCUCCGAACCCCACAUCAUCUGCUGCAACAAAGAAAGCAAAAUCAUCUAGUCAGAAUGCACCAAUUCCUCACUGUCAGGUUGAAGGUUGCAACCUUGAUCUUUCUUCAGCUAAAGAAUAUUAUCGGAAGCAUAGAGUUUGUGACAGUCAUUCCAAAAGCCCAAAGGUUAUUGUAGCAGGUGUAGCACGCCGCUUUUGUCAACAGUGUAGCAGGUUCCAUAGCGUGUCUGAAUUUGAUGAAAAGAAGCGAAGCUGUCGUAGGAGGCUCUCUGAUCACAAUGCACGGCGCCGCAAACCUCACCAGGAAACUAUCCAGUUCAAUUCAGCGAGGCUUUCUUCGUUGUUUUAUGAUAGCAGGCAACCCAUGAAUCUUGUGCUCAACCAAGCACAACUCAUUCACUCCAGAGCUGCUGCGAACUCUACCUGGGAGAGCACUCAAGACUCUAAGUUCAGUAUCACAAGAGGGUUUACUCCAAAGCCUGAAAGAACUAGCAGCACAAAUGGGAAGUCACUACUGGAGGGGAUCCAGUUUUCACGGGCUGUGGGUGCACAGAGUAAUGCAUCUAGCUUGCUCUUGCCCUCCAAGGGCACCACAGCCGAGGUUUUUAAUCGAGGUGCCAAGGAAUCCAUGUUCAAUAUGGUUACAGGACCGGAAUUUCCUCGUGCUCUCUCUCUUCUGUCAACUAAUUCCUGGGGUUCAUCCGAGCCUGAGACUGUUUCACUCAACCAUGCAAAUCAAACCAGCAUGCCCGAGCAGAUGAUGCAGGCAAUUCCACAGGGUGUGCCGCAUAUGUCCAGUCAAUACUGGCAGCAGGCUGGACAACAUUCAUCCGAUACUCGUUACCAUACAUUGGCUGCUAAUAGUAACAGUGGCGGUAGCUUUCAGGAAAUGGGAGUGUUCAAAGCUCCAUUCGACACAGACUUUUAUCUCAAUGCAUUGAACUGAAGCCAACAUCUGAUGUGUUGGUGUAUUUUCAGGAUUUGGCGACCUUUCCCAUUUUGACAUGUCAAAACUUGAAGGUCUCUGUUUAGUACUGGUAUAUAAUAUAUAGGUUGGGCUUUUAAACUAUUAAGAAAGUCUAAUAUUAUGAUGAAUUAUGCAGUAAAAUUUUGUUUGCCAGUGACAUGAAUUCCCAAGAAUUGUAAUUUCUUGAUUCUGCAACUUGGAACAUAACUGCACAGGUUCCACCUAUGAAUGACUGUUUAUCCUUUUUCAUCAUGUUCAA